AUGAAGAUAGCGCUGCUUCUGCUUCUGAGCUCAAGGAGGACGCGAGGAAUCUACAAGCCGACAAGAUGAGAUCCAAGGCGAGGGCGAGAAAACUGGCCAAAAAUGAAAGAGAGGCAGUAGACAGCAUGUACAACACAGAGCCCAAUCUCAUGACUGGCGAGAGCGCAGAAGAGGAGACAGAAGACAGCAUAAUGUCCCCCAUUGCGGUGGGGCCCUUGUCCCCUCAGCCCUGCAAUGAGGACUUCACUCCUAAAGAAGGCUUACCCUAUGAGGUGCCCGUCUACAUUCCCGAAGAUAUUCCCAUCCCUGGUGACCUGGAGCUCCGUGAGUCGUCUGUUCCAGGGGCUGGCUUAGGAAUCUGGGCCAAAGUCAAAAUUUGCAUGGGAGAAUGCUUCGGACCGUAUAACGGACUGCAGAGCACCACGGUGAAAGAGACCACUUAUGGAUGGGAGCAAAUGCUGAAUGAUCAUGAAACGUCGUCUCAAGACAGCUGUAUUAAAAAGGUAAUGGACAACAUGGGUAAUGUGAAGUUCUGUCUGGACGGGGCUCUGGAGGCCGGCGGGAGCUGGCUCAAAUAUGUGCGCACUGCCCCGGCCCAUGACGAGCACAACCUGGCCAUAUGCCACAUCAGCGAUGAUCAGAUCUAUUAUAAAGCUAUUAGAGAUAUUGAAAUAGGGGAGGAGUUACUGGUUUACAUGAAGGACGGAGUUUUCCCCGAGGGCUCGAUGGCACCGAACCUGGAAGAUGAGCAGAUGUACCGCUGUGAACACUGUGAUGAGCUCUUCACAUCAAAGCUGGAGUUACGGCGGCAUCAGAAAUACUCCUGCAGUAGCAGCAGCUCUAUCUUUGACUCACUAAGCGAAGACUUCAAACAGGAGCAGGAGGACAGCGAUGAGCCGGUGCACGAGUGCAAAGACUGUGAAAAGAUCUUCCCUAGCGAGUACAGUCUCGGGCAGCACAUGAUCGUACACACAGAUGAGAGAGAGUAUAAGUGUGACCAGUGCCCCAAAGCUUUCAACUGGAAAUCCAACCUCAUUCGCCAUCAGAUGUCACAUGACAGUGGCAAGCGCUUCGAGUGUGAAAACUGUGAUAAGGUGUUCACAGACCCCAGCAACCUCCAGCGCCACAUCCGCUCUCAGCACGUCGGUGCCCGAGCCCACACCUGCCCUGAGUGUGGCAAGACCUUUGCCACCUCCUCGGGCCUCAAGCAGCACAAGCAUAUACACAGCAGUGUCAAGCCUUUCAUCUGUAAGUCUGAGCAGUCUUGUCUAAGCCUCAGAUACAAUUACCAGUGUCCAAAGACCUCCCGGCUAGCUCCACCCCAAGAUUGUGACAGCUGUUGUUUUAUAGGUGAGGUGUGUCACAAAUCGUAUACCCAGUUCUCUAACCUGUGCCGUCACAAAAGGAUGCAUGCAGACUGCCGCUCCCAGAUCAAGUGUAAAGACUGUGGACAAAUGUUCAGCACUACCUCUUCCCUCAACAAGCAUCGGCGCUUUUGCGAGGGCAAAAACCAUUAUAAUCCUGGAGCCAUAUUCACACCAGGCAUACCAAUGACAUCCAGUCCCAUUUUAGGCAAGUCCAAGUCUCAUCAUGGCUUGAACCAUAGUGGACUUGGCUUCGGUGAUUACUUCCCAUCCAGGCCGCAUCAUGCAGGUUUGCCCUUUUCUCCAGCACCCCCUGGAUUCCCAGCCCUUUCCCAUGGCUUCCCAGGGAUCUUUCCCCCAUCGCUAUAUCCAAGACUGCCAUUGUUACCUCCUAGUCCACUGCUCAAGAGCCCAAUAAGUAACUGUCAAGAUGGGAAGCUGCCUUCUCUUGAUGCUCCUCCUCUUUCUGAGGUCACAUCUAUGAACAACAGCAAUGGCAAUGUAGGGAGCGGUCUCAGCAGCCAGUCAGAGGACAAUCGAGAGUCCAAACUGGAUUUGUCGUUCCACAACAACAAGAAUAAAGUGAAGAUAAAUGACAUGUCUGAUGGUAGUGACUUGGAAGAUGUGAACACAUCGAGCGGCACAGAUCUAGACACCACCACUGGCACAGUGUCUGGCUCAGAUCUAGAAAGUGAGGCAGAGAGUGAACGGGAGAAGAGUAGGAGGAAACGAGUGCAGGAGAGCAAGCAGGACGAAGUGAGCAGCAGUUUAGUAUCUGUCUCCAGUUCAGGCAACCUCUCUUGCGAGCGUCCGUUCCUCACCUCCCAGCAUUCCUUUUUCCCGCCACCAGAAGAGCAAGCACUUCCACCCUCCGGGGCCACCACUGACUCCAUUAAAGCCAUUGCCUCAAUUGCAGAAAAGUAUUUUGGCCCAGGGUUAAUGGGCUUGCAGGAGAAGAAGAUGGGCAACUUAAACUACCAUUCCAUGUUCCCUUUCCAGUUUCUGCCCAACUUCCCACAUUCCUUUUACCCAUUCACAGACAGAGCACUCAAUCCUGGCAUGUUCUUCAAACCUGAGCCUAAAUCCCCUCGUGAGCACAUACAGAAAUUACCUACAGCCACUGGUGCAGAUUCACCCUUUGACUUAACCACCAAACCCAAGGAGGUCAAACCUCUUCCUCCACCCCCCAGCAAGUCAGCCUUGCCAUCUAAUAGCCCCUUGGCCCCUGGCGAGGAACAACCUCUGGACCUCAGCAUAGGCAGUCGAAGCCGAGCCAACCAGAAUGGCGGCACACACAAUCAGCGCAAGAAUCACGUCUAUGGCACAAACUGCAAAGCAGCUAAAGAUGAACACCUAGCAUUAACUCAGUCCCAGAACUUGCACCCGCCCCAGAUGCUUCAGCCGCAAGUAUCCCUUCCACAGCCACCUCCUCCCCAGCAGCAGCCGUCGCUCCACUACGCCAAGCCCUCGCCAUUCUUCAUGGACCCAAUCUACAGCAGGGUGGAGAAGAGGAAGCUAAUAGACCCAGUAGGAGCUCUAAAGGAGAAGUACUUGAGGCAGGCACCACUACUUUUCCAUCCUCAGGUGUCUGCGAUGGAAAACAUGACUGAGAAGUUGGAAAGCUUUAGCGCUCUGAAACUGGAUGCUCCCAAUUCCCUCCAGCACUCCUCACACCACCUUUUUAACUUCCGCUCUCCGCCUCCCUCUCUCUCCGAUGCUAUCUUACGCAAAGGCAAGGAGCGAUACACCUGCAGGUACUGUGGGAAAAUCUUUCCUAGGUCAGCUAAUCUUACAAGGCACUUACGAACACACACAGGAGAACAACCCUACAGAUGUAAAUACUGUGACCGUUCGUUCAGCAUCUCCUCCAACCUCCAGCGACAUGUUCGUAACAUUCAUAACAAGGAAAAGCCUUUCAAGUGCCACCUUUGCAAUCGCUGCUUUGGUCAACAGACCAAUCUGGACCGCCACUUAAAGAAACAUGAGCAUGAGAAUAUUCCAGUGAGUCAGCAGUCUGGGAUCCUCUCAAAUUUAGGAACAAAUUUUUCCUCACCAAACUCGGAGUCUGACAAUCAUGCACUUUUGGAUGAGAAGGAGGACUCGUAUUUCUCAGAGAUUAGGAACUUCAUCUCCAAUAGUGAGCUGAACCAUGCCUGUAGCUCCUCGGAGAAAAGGCCAGAGCUGACGCAGGAGGAUCAGCCUCAGAGUCACACCUCAAAACUGGCGGAGGAAGAUGAGGAGAUGGAGGGAGAUGAUGAAGAUGAGGAAGGCUCGUUGACAGAAAAGUCCCAGGAUGAGACGGGCUCUCCCGUCACUGUGGUGCAGGGCACUUAUGACGAGGAUGAGGAUCCGACCCCUCUCCCUAUGUCUUACGAACACACGCGCAGGUGUAUUGAGGAGGAAGCAGGCCUAUUAGAUCUGGAACCUCUGGCUGGUUUCCCCAAAGGCCUGGAGUUCCAUAAGCCUGGCGCGGAGCCCUAUGACAUUAAAGACAUUUUUAGCACCUCGGUAGAGUCGGAGGCACUGAAAGAAACACUUUUCAGGCAGGCUAAAACCCAGGCUUAUGCAAUGAUGCUCUCUCUGUCUGAGAACACCAAUCUGCAUUCAUCCUCCCAGAACUCCUUGGAUGCCUGGCUCAACAUGGGAGGUGGGCCGUCGGAGACAAGCUCCUUUCACCCCCUCAACAACAUCUGAGAACACCAACAAGACAAAAGAGAGAUGGAGGGAGAAAGGAGGAGAGGGCAGGAGACCAACAUGAAGAUGCAUCAAAAAGAGCUUGUAAAGACCAGCAAUGCUACAGUAGAUGAACCACCACUAUGCGCUUGAGGAGGAGA